UUUUCUUUUUUUAUUAAACAAUUAAAAAAAGAAAAGUAACAUACAGUUAUAGAAAACAAAAAAAAGAAAUUAUUUUAAAUUUUAUAACAAAUUUAAAUUUGAAAAAAUUAAAUUCACGUGUUCAUUUAAGAAAAAAACCUUUGUGUCUGUGACAAAGGACUAACUAGGACUGUGAAUAAAAAAAAUUAUAAAAGUGUGAGAGAGAGAAAAAGUAAACGAGAAAUAAGGUGUCUUAUAAAAUUACUAAAAAGACAAAUUCGUGUUAACUGAGUUUGUUAAACAAAAAAAGUUUUCCACGUUAAAAAAACAAAAACUUUUUUAAUAAUAUUUUUUUGUUUAUUAAAAAAAAACAAUAAAACAACUCAAGGAUUUUUGUUAAUUUGUCUCUAAAGUAUAUUUCUCUAAACACCCCUUAUCCAUUACAAAUAAGCAAAAUCGCAGAAAUUUUGAACGAUUCACAAAUAUGGUGGCCGGUUUCGAGCAACGUCCUUGGACACCAACUGUUAGACGUGGACAAAUAGCUGCUGAGACAUCUACACCUGGACCAGCAGCAGUAACACUACCCAGUUUAAUAGGCAACAAAGUAACAGAUUCACGAAAAAAUGCAGCUCCUUCCUUUACCUUUGGACAAAAACAUCGUCAAACCGUACAAUCCCUAGGAGAGGGACCUGCCAAAUACAAUGUCACUGGCCUCGGCAACAAAGGCAAAGAUACACCACCAGCCGCUACACUACAAAGUCGUCACAAAGAAAUGUCCAAAUUCUCAACACCAGCACCCGGUGAAUAUGACAUACAAAAAGCGGUUAAGGCCAUAAAUCAAUCGACACCCAAAUAUACAUUUGGACAGAAAUUGGUGACAGAAAAGUUAAAUACAACACCAGGUCCAAAUCAUUAUCGAGUUGUUCCACUCGAUAUAAUAAAACCUCGUGCCCCUCAGUAUACGUUUCGUAUUAAGCUUAAAGUUUUUUUAAUUAAUACACCAGCGCCAAAUAGCUAUCGUCCCGAGAGGGUUUCGCUAUCGAAAAAGAAUUCACCGCGUUACUCAUUUGGUAGACGUACAAAAAUAAACUUCGAUAAGGGAACUCCAGCGCCAAAUAGCUAUCGUCCCGAGAGGGUUUCGCUAUCGAAAAAGAAUUCACCGCGUUACUCAUUUGGUAGACGUACAAAAAUAAACUUCGAUAAGGGAACUCCAGCACCUGGAUCUUAUAGUCCGGAAAAAGCUAAAUUGCACUCAACACCAGCUUUUACCAUGUCGGGCAAAACCUCACAUGAUGUAGUGGAUUGUACACCUGCUCCAGGUGCAUACGAACCGGAAAAAUGCCACUUAGACAAGACAAUAGCCUACACCAUAUCAGGUCGCCAUACAAUACACAAAACCAGUGAUACACCCGCUCCGGGAGCAUAUGCCCCCGAAAAAUGUCGCUUAGAUCAUGCACCGGCUUUUAGCAUUAAGGGUAAAUAUAAUGUACAAAAAGUCGACGAAACACCAGCUCCCGGAGCUUAUGCUCCCGAAAAAGUUAAACUAGAUCAUACACCAGCCUAUACAAUAAGCGGACGUCAUGAAGAGCACAAAGCUAGUGAAACACCAGCACCUGGUGCUUAUUGCCCAGAAAAAGUAAGAUUAGAUCAUACACCCGCCUAUACGAUGGCUGGUAAACAUCAGAGUAAAGUUAAGAAUGAGACACCAGCACCUGGCACCUACGCUCCCGAAAAAUCUAGAUUAGAUCAUACACCUGCUUAUUCCAUGACCAGUCGUCAUGAUCUGCAAAAGCCUAGUGAAACACCAGCACCCGGUGCCUAUAGUCCGGAAAAGGUAAGACUUGAUCAUACUGUUGCCUAUACAAUGGCUGGCAAACAUGAGCAAAAAAUUACCAGUGAUACACCAGCUCCUGGUGCUUAUGCACCGGAAAAAUGUAAAUUAGAUAACACACCCGCUUAUUCAUUUGCUGGACGCCAUGAUCUUCAAAAGCCAAGUGAAACACCAGCUCCCGGUGCCUACUGCCCGGAAAAGGUACGUUUAGAUCAUACUCCGGCCUAUAGUAUGGCCGGUAAACAUGAUGCCAAAAUUACAAAUGAUACACCAGCUCCUGGUGCUUAUGCUCCUGAAAAAUGUAAGUUAAAUGGUACACCUGCCUACUCGAUGGGUGGUCGCCAUGAUUUACAGAAACCUAGUGAAACGCCAGCUCCCGGUGCCUACUGCCCAGAAAAGGUACGUCUAGAUCAUACCCCAGCCUAUAGCAUGGGAGGCAGACAUGAUCCUAAAUAUAAUAAUGAAACACCAGCUCCUGGAGAUUACGCCCCUGAAAAGUGUAGAUUAGAUGGUACGCCUGCGUACUCAAUGGGCGGCCGUUAUAAUUUACAAAAACCUAGUGAUACUCCGGCACCAGGUGCCUAUGCUCCUGAGAAGUGUAGAUUGGAUGGCACACCCGCUUAUACAAUGGCAGGCAAACAUGAUCCCAAGAUCAAUGAUGAAACACCAGCGCCGGGAGCCUACGCUCCUGAAAAGUGCAGAUUAGAUGGCACUCCUGCUUACUCGAUAGCUGGUCGCCAUAAUUUACAAAAACCCAGUGAUACUCCAGCUCCAGGUGCCUAUGCACCCGAGAAGUGCAGAUUGGAUGGCACUCCCGCUUAUACAAUGGGUGGCAAACAUGAUCCCAAGAUCUCAAAUGACACACCAGCUCCUGGUGCCUAUGCUCCCGAGAAAUGUAGAUUAGACGGUACUCCUGCUUACUCUCUAGCUGGUCGCCAUAACUUACAAAAGCCCAGUGAUACUCCAGCACCAGGUGCUUAUGCUCCAGAAAAGUGCAGAUUGGAUGGCACUCCUGCUUAUACUAUGGCUGGAAAAUACGAUGCCAAGAAUAAAAAUGAUACUCCCGCUCCUGGAGCUUAUGCCCCCGAGAAGUGUAGAUUGGAUAACACUCCCGCCUAUACUAUGGCGGGUAAGCAUGAUCCUAAAAUACAAAACAAUACUCCUGCUCCAGGAGAUUAUGCUCCCGAAAAGUGCAGACUAGAUAACACGCCUGCUUUUAGCAUAACAGGUCGCCAUAACUUACAGAAACCCAAUGAUACUCCAGCCCCUGGAGCUUAUGCUCCGGAAAAACAUCGUUUAGAUCAUACGCCCGCCUACACCAUGGCCGGUAAACAUCAGCCCAAAAUUAAUAACGAUACACCAGCCCCUGGAGAUUAUGCUCCUGAAAAAUCCAAGUUAGAUCAUACACCCGCAUUUACCAUUGCGGGACGUCAUAAUUUAACGAAACCCAGUGAUACUCCCGCCCCAGGAGCUUAUGCCCCCGAAAAACAUCGUUUAGAUCACACACCUGCCUUUACCAUUGCCGGUAAACAUCAGCCCAAAGUAAAUAAUGAUACUCCUGCUCCUGGUGAUUAUGCUCCUGAAAAAUGUAAUUUGGAUCAUACUCCUGCCUUCACCAUUAGCGGACGUCAUGAGUUGAAAAAACCCAAUGAUACACCAGCUCCCGGUGCCUAUGCUCCCGAAAAACAUCGUUUAGAUCAUACCCCAGCCUUUACCAUAGCCGGUAAACAUCAACCUAAAGUAAACAAUGAAACACCAGCUCCCGGCGAUUAUGCUCCCGAAAAACAUCGUUUAGAUCAUACACCAGCCUAUACAUUUGCCGGUAAACAUGAUCCCAAGAUAAUAAAUGAAACUCCAGCACCUGGCGCUUACUCUCCCGAAAAAGUACGUUUAGAUCAUACGCCCGCCUUUACAAUUGUCGGUCGCAAAGUCGAUAGAUUUAUAAGUGAAUCUCCAGCACCGGGUGCUUACAGUCCCGAAAAGGUUAGACUUGAUCAUAUACCAGCCUAUACUAUGACAGGACGUAAUACAGUUCAUCAUGUGGAAAAUACACCAGCACCUGGUGAUUAUAAACCAGAGAUGUGCGACAUUAAAGGACCUGCUACACCAGCCUUUACUUUUGGUUUAAAAUUAAAACAGGAACAUGUCAGUGAUACACCUGCACCCACUGCCUAUGAACCAGAAAAGCACUCUCUUGAACAUAAAAUAUCGUAUACCUUUGGCACUAAAACGGAAACCAAAACGGUGACCGAUUCACCAGCUCCUGGUCAUUAUCAUCCAGAAAACUAUAAGCCCGAUCAUUCGCCAUCUUAUACGUUUGGUGUAAAGACCACAACAAUGCCAGCUUUGCCUCGGGGCAGAUAUGUUGAAGAUCGCAUAUUGCAAAGACGUGAGAGACGUUUAGCAAGUCCGGUACGUAAUGUUGUAAUACUAGAAAAUGGCACGUUGCAACAGCAGCAACAACAUGAACAUGAACAACAACAGCAAAGCACACAUACUACAACAGCAACCACUGUAACCGAGAUGCACACGAUUAAUGGACAACCGCAAACAAAAUUCACUAGUAACCAACCGAAUGACAAUACAGUGACCACCACCACCACCGCCACCACAGUGCAAAAACAAACACUUGUAAAUGGCAAAAAUCCAGUAGAUAAUACUACCACCAUCACAAAACUUGACAAUAAAUUGGCUAAGCUUAAUAUGAAUGACACUUUAGUAGGGACAACCGGUUCCAAUACCCAGGUAACACAAAAGAUUGAUAAAAUCAAUGGCUUAAAUGGUGAAACUGGUCAAGUUGUUACCACCACCAUGCAUACGACCACAAAUGGUUUCAAGGAGGAUGGUAAUAAGAAAAUACUAGCCAAGGGUAGUGCUGAUGUUAAGCAGACCAAUGCUGCUUCGGGUUCUAGUAACACAAUGGUAACUGCCGAUGGCACAACAGUAACAACUGUAAAAUCGGCCAAAAGCUCAAGUGUCAAAUAUGCCGUAGAGGCCAGUACAAUACAAGAAGAAAUUAUCAGCUCCUAAUGUCUAUAAAAUUCCCACUGUUUUGGGUAUCAGCAAAGAGGGUACCAUUAGAUCAGCCCCCGCCUUUUCUAUGGCUGGUCG